GAUGGAUCUGCUGAGCAGGACAGACCCAAGCAAAGUGAACCUGGAUGAGCCUAAAGCUGACCAAAUUCUCACCCUCACCAACAAUAUGCUGCUACUCAUCCACUCCCAGACCCCCAUUACCAAGAGACUCAUCAAGAGCUAUUCUACAGAGGUGUCCCUGGACCCAGAGACAGCACACCCCAAGCUGGUAAUUUCCCUGCACGGUGACAGUGUCACCUACACAGACACCUGGCAGGAACUACCAGAGCUCCCAGGACGCUUUGACACCACCCUCAACGUGAUCAGCCUGCAGGGCUUCAGCUCCGGGCGUCACUACUGGGAGAUAGAUGUGGCUGGGAAGACUUACUGGGAGCUGGGCCUCACCUACCCCACCAUCUCCCGCAAGGGACGGGCCGAGGACUGCUGGCUGGGUCGCGGCUCUGACUCCUGGGCCAUGGAAUUCUUUGACGGGGAGUACACAGCCUGGCAUGGUGGGGUGCCCCACCAGCUGCCUGUCACGAAACACUUAAGCCGUAUUGGGGUCCUGUGUAGUUUCCCAGCGGGCCUAGUGUCUUUCCUGGGGGCGGACAGCAUGACCCCUCUGUUCUCGUUUUGUGUGGGGGCGUUCAAGGACUGUCUCCACCUGGCAUUGUGCCCAGGUCACGACCACAACGGUACGAACGCCAAACCAAUUUUGAUCUGUAACGCACCUCCAACUCCUAGUUCUAUCCAGAAUGCCCAAGAAUGCUGACUCUGCUCCUUAUGAUACUCAAAGGGGAUGAUUCCCUUUUUAAGCGAUUUUCUCUCAACACGUAUUCUGACCUUGAACUUAGGCAUGAGAAUAGCACACUAUUCACCUGCUUUUCUUUUUGGGUGGAUAUCUAAUAUCUAAUGAAGGUGUGGCAGAGGUGUCUAUAGAUAUGCCAUAUUCUCACAUCGAAUUAAUGUCCUAAUAAUUCAGCCACCUUUACGCAAGAGGAAAAAGUAUCUACUUAAUAUUUUCCGAUUGAAAUAACAUCAUUCUCCAUGCAGUGUAAUUUACAAUUUCAUGAGAGCUAUUGAAAAGAGCUAGGUAAAUUAGUAAUCCAUUUGGAUAAGGGGAUUGUAAAUAUUAAUGCUACUUGUUUUAGAUAUAUUUUAUCUUAUAAUCACUGGAGACAAUUGUGAAACCAGUCAUAUGGCAACAAAAUUAAGCAUAUCGAUAUAUCAACUUUGUCACAUUAAAGAGUAUGAAAUGCAUUAUGCAGAAUUUUAAUUGUACAGCCUUUUAACUUGCAGGGAUGGGCCCUCUUGAAUAUCUUAAUUAUAGGCUACCCCAACUUUCUCUGUUUCCUAUUUCUAUUGUGUUAAAUAUUAGCCACUAUCAGUAUUGACAGUCAUUAGGCUUAAUAACAACACAUCUGCCAUU